AUGAGCGCGAAAUCGAACGGUUCUGUAUUACUUGUUGGAGCUGGUGGUAUCGGGUGUGAGCUGCUGAAGAAUUUAGUUUAUAAUGGAUUCAAUGACAUAACAAUUGUAGACCUUGAUACCAUCGAUGUAAGCAACUUAAACAGACAAUUCCUGUUCAGAAAGAAGCAUGUUGGGCGUUCAAAAGCAGAAACUGCCAGGGACAAUGUGUUGGAAUUUAAACCAACCGCUCAUAUUGUCGCUUAUCACAAAAGUAUAUUCAGCUCGUCAUUCGACUCUGAAUUCUUCGGAAAGUUUGCUGUUGUUUUUAACGCUUUAGAUAAUCUUGCUGCAAGAAAACAUGUGAAUCGUAUGUGUAUAUCGGCAAAAAUUCCCUUAAUUGAGUCCGGCACAGCUGGUUACUUGGGACAAGUCGAGCCGUUAAUUCCCGUAAUUGAAACGAGUGAAUCGGAGGCCACCAACACAGAAGCGAAUCAAGCGACAACCUAUCGUACGGGAUGUUAUGAAUGUCAACCUCGUGGAUUAGGUCAGCGUCACUAUCCAGCCUGCACCAUACGUAACACUCCAUCUGAGCCAAUUCAUUGUGUUGUUUGGGCAAAGUAUUUAUUCAAUCAGUUAUUUGGUCAACCUGAUGUGGAUGAUGAAGAUAUCUCUCCGGAUUUCACCGAUCCAAGUCUCCAUAACCAUGAUCGUAAUCAGAUUAAUGAUGAGUUGUUGCCGGCUAAAAACGAUCUUAUCAAUAAAUCUGAUGAUGUGCUAAAUACAGAUAGUACAGCGAUUGUAAAUUCAGUUAAACCUGAUCAAAUUAGUUUAAGAGAAUGGCUUCACAUUCUGUGGUCUAGUAAUGAAAAUGACCAGUCUAAUUUAGAAAAUGGUAAAAUUUCAUCUGGUGCCAUUUCACUAUCUUGGAGAUUAUUUCAUCAUGAUAUUGUCACAUUGGUUAGUAUGCGUGAUUUAUGGGUCGACCGUCAAGAUCGUCGAGAACCGAGUCCUUUGGAAAAGACUACAAUGAAAGAUGCAUUAGAAAAAGAUUCAGAUGAAUUAUUGGAUUCAACAUGUGUAAGUGAAUUACGUGAUCAGCGGAAACUAUCUACAUCGGGUUGGCUUCGUAUAUUCUUAAAAUCAGUUGAUAAACUACAGAAACAAGUAGAAGAUGGUGGAGGGGACAAAUACUUAGUAUGGGAUAAGGAUGACCCGGAAGCUAUGGAUUUUGUCGCCUCAGCAUCAAUUAUUCGAUCACAGUUAUUUCAUUUACCCGGUGCUGAUCAGUUAACCAGAUUUAUUAUUAAAUCUUUAGCUGGGAAUAUCAUACCGGCCGUAGCAUCAACAAAUGCCAUCGUCGCUGGUCUUAUGGUACUACAAGCUAGACAUAUUUUAUCUAAACAUUUUGAGCGUAUUCGUACUGUUUACAUACAUCGUCGACCAACUGGUCGGCGUGGCAAUCGUCGUCUUGUAGUCCUUGAUUCUGUUAGAAAUUCUCAACUGCAUUUACUCUGUGCACCGGAAUUAUUAACAUUGCGUAUUCUACGUGAUCGUAUCUUGGUACGACAUUUAGGUAUGCUUGCUCCAGAUGUCGAGGUACCUGAUCGUGGCAUUAUACUAAUAUCAAGUGAAGAAGAUGAAACAGAUGAAGAGACGUUAAAUAAAACAUUAGCUGACUUUAAAUUAACACAUGGAACUUGUUUAAAAUGUGAUGAUUUUCGUCAAGAUUUUACCAUCCAACUUAUUUUAUCAUGUAUUAGUGUAGAAUUGGCUAAUGCAUUACCUACUCCGUCUGAUUCAUCAACAUCAACGUCAACAUUAAACCUUAAUAUCGAUAAUCGUUUAGCCGAGCAAUUUAAUAAUGAAGAACAACAAUCUGAAAUAUGGAGAAUUAUUGGUGAUAUAAAUUCCAUUUUGUCAAAUUCAAAAGAUAAUACAAUAUCAGAAAAGAAUGCUGAAAAAGAGAACAAUGAAAAUACAGAUAAAUUUGUUCACAACAAUAAUGAUGAUAAAGAGGAUGAUUUAAUUGAAAUUACUGAAGAAUCUAUGACUACUUUAAAUCAAGAUUUGGAUAAUGGUGUUAAUAAUGCUACUAGUAAUAUUAGUAAUAGUAAUAAACGUAAAUUUCUCGAUACAAUCACUUGUGAUGAUCAAGACAAUAUAAAUAGAAUCAAAGAGAAGAAAUUACGAUUUGAUAAAGAAUUGACAACACUGUCAUCACCUAUGAUUGUACCAGUUGCUGACGACGAUGAUAAUGGUGAUGAUGAUGAUGAUGAUGAUUUAAUCAUUAUUGAAUGA